AAUAGAUUUAAAAGCUAUAUUAGUAUGCCGCCGGAUAUAAAAACUGUACGAAUAGAAUCAUAAAUGUGUGUAAUUCUUUGUUUUCCCAUACAAUUUGUAGAUUUGCAACCCUCCUCAAAGUGAAAAUGUUUAAACUAGAAACAGUACAUUAUAGAUUUGGAUGGAGUGCAGAUGGUAGACGAUAUAUGUAAGAGGCAAUUGAACUAUAAAUUGCAUCAGCUGUUUGUGAUUUUUUAAUUAUCUUUUUGUGGAUGAUGUUGGGAGAACCAUUUAUUGUUAACAACGCAAACAUCGGAAGACUGCCAUGGGCCGAGUACGUAACCCGAAUGUCGGACAAUAACCCAAACAAUUCUUCUCGAUAGCGGUCCGACGAUCCCAAUACCGGGCACUUCUCUUGCAGAGGUCCCUCCACCAUCUUAUGUCGUACAAAAGAAGCUAUUGAAAAGUCCCUCAUGUUGCAAACUUUGUACUGUGGUAACCCUAUGCGAACGCUUGAGAACUCGCUCAGAGAAGCGAGAAAGCAGGAAGAGAAAAAAGGGAAUUAAGUAGUUUUAGACAUGUAUCGAAUAGGAGAAAUAUACUACGAUCAGAAGUUAACUAACUACCCACUGAACAAGACGUGUUUACGCUUACUAUAUCUAGAAGACAAAGUCUACUCCCCUUUUUACAAGAUACUUCAUGUACAAAAUUUGAAAUUGAAGCAAAAUUGUUUAAAACUUCUUUCGCCUUACUUCCUACCCCUUCAUGCCGUCUUCCGGGCACCCCGGGGAUACCAAACCGGGCAAUAAGUUCCAACAGACACAGCGUUCUAGGCCUCCCAGGCACUCCAACCUGGGUUGGAAGUCCUACAUAUUCCAGCAUCUUCAUCCAUUUCCUUCCGCACUUCCAGCUCUGUUUCCGGAUCCAGGAAACACCUACAUUUGACCGCACAAGAAUCUCCCGUCGAGCACAGCACACCUGCGGAUACGGAUCCGAGGUACAUGAUCCCUACACACAACCUGGUUUCUUCCCACCUGACCAGCACAGCUCGACUGGUACGUCGAACACGUCGCCCCUAUCUUCCACCGGAUCAGAUCAAGUGGAACAUCAACGGCUUCUGGAAUAAUCUUCCCAAUCAGGAGCUGUUAACGCACGACAGCCCGCCGUGGAUCAUUGGCCUGCAGGAGCUCAAUCGGGUCACACUUAACUCCAUGGAUCUCUCCCUCGAAGGAAAGUACAAGUGGGCCAUUAAUGUAGGUCCUAACAUCCGGCAUUCCGUGGCGAUAGGGGUCCAUCGGGAUGUCCCGUUCGACGAACACUUCCCAGUUGUCGGAGUCCGUCUCCGAGGUAGUUUCUUAGUUAGUGUGGUAAACGUCUAUUUACCCUGCGGCAAUCUGCCGGGCAUCAUAAGAAAGGUAAGCAAUAUAAUCAACGAGUCUCCUUCCCCUGUUCUCCUAUUGAGGGACAUGAACGCGCAUCACCCGGCCUGGGGUGAUUUUAGGACUGAUCCCCGAGGUACCGCCCUACUUGAAUCGUUCGAAACUGCGGACCUUGUACUACUCAACCAUGGUGCCGCAACCUUCUUCAAUGGCCACUCGUUGCCGCUAGUCGAUCUAUUCUAUCCGCUCUCAAGUCAGUGGGAAGUAUCUUCGGACUUAUCCGGGAGCAACCACUUUCCGAUUUCGGUCACCGUCCAUGCCUCGCUCUCGGAAAUCACCCAGAGGCCAAGAUGGCGCUAUGAUGCAUAUGACCUCCACGUCCGACGGAUGUUUGAACGAAACACGCCCACAACCCUUCCCGAGUUCACUCAAACCGUCCUUGAUGCCGCUGUUGCCUGCAUCUCGCAAACAAGCAACCGGACAUAACAAAAGGCACUCCGCUGGUGGAAACGCGUCGGGCGGUUAACGCUAGAAGAUAGGCCCUCCGAGCGCGAAGCGAACUUCUUGCUAAUCAUCCUGAUAAGGGAAAUGCCCUUCAGGCCUCGAUUUAGUCAGCCCGACUCAAUCCGCUGCCGAACUACCGUGCACCCACCAUACUUUGCGCAGUUAAGGAAAUUCAAAAUUUAAUCAACUCGUACAACUUACAAAAGGUAGCUAUCCGCCUGAAAUAGUUUUCAUGCUGUAGUAUUAUUAUCAUAUUAUUGUUUGAUAACCAAAUUUGGUACAAAAAUUUAAAAUAAAUAGUAAAUUGAACAUCAAAGCAGACCCAUUAUUAUAUGCCUAACUUUGCGCACAUAACUUGAAAAAUUUCUAACACGAAGCAAGCGUCUAUCAUACAAUUUUUCAUCCAAAUUUUAUUUUUUCAACUAAUACUACUAUUACAAAUCAUGUUCAUUCCAUUUGUAGGCAUAUAUGAGCAUAUUUGAGAAAAUGAGGAUGCCCGGCAUUAUUUUCUUAUGAUUUGACAUACUUGGUAUGUUUUCACGUCUGUUGGUGUAUAUACAGCCUCAUUUAUGUACAUUGAACACAGCCAACAAAUUUUUUUUUUGGCGCGAACCCUUUCCCGAUGAGGUAUUCAUAAAUGUUGAAAAUAUCGAAGAAAUACGAGUUGUGCGCAAAAUUAGGUACACUGUAUUGAAAAAUGGUUCCUAACAUUGCGCAUAAUAUAUUUUAACGAAAAAUAUGAAUAACAAACCAAAUUCUCAUGAGAUGGCUUCAACAAUGUUAUAAUUAUUGGAUUCAUGUGUAAUCAGUUGUCACCGAACGUAAAAAAUUACAAAAAAUACAGUUUUUCGGGUAGACCGUCACUUGUCAUUUGUGCUAAGAACACGCCAUUUUGGUAAUUUUCACUGUUUUCAGUACACAUUUCAACCAUUAAAAUGAAAAAUGCGUCAUUUAACUGCGGCAAAAUGCAUGCACUGUUAUAAUAACAUGUAUAUUGUGCUGACAAGUUGUAAUUAUAUUUCGAAAUUUCAAUUGAAACGCAUUCUAUAACAAAAAUAAUUUAUAAAUAAAAAAUAUUUAUAAAAAAUAUAUAUAAAAAAUAUAUAUAAAAAAAAUAUAUAAAUAUAAAU